AUGGCGGUGGAUCAGAAGAGAGACGUCGAACUUGUUGAAGAGUCGCCGCAUGAUGAUGUCAAGAGCCAGACCGCAACGGGCUCUCGAAUCGACCCAGAGGCGCAGGCGAGCCUGCUGCGAAAGCUCGACUAUCGAGUGAUGCCUGUCUUCUUCAUUAUGUAUUUUCUGAAUCAUUGGGAUCGAAACGGACUGCCCCAGGCGCGUCUCGAUGACAUUGAAGAACAUCUCGGUCUCGUGGGAAACCAAUACAACGUCUGCAUCUCCAUCCUGUAUGUGGGAUACUUGCUGGCCGGAAUCCCAUCCAACAUGCUCCUGACUCGAAUCCGGCCAUCCAUUUACCUUGGUGUCUGUAUGUGUGGAUGGGCUAUCGUCUCUGCUUGCACAUCCCUCGCCCACAACUAUCACACCAUGUUAAUCCUGAGAUUUCUGCUGGGAUUUUUGGAGGCCCCCUUCUAUCCCGGAAUUUUCGCAUCUCUUUCCGGUCGAUAUGGCCUGAACGGAUGGCAAUGGUUGUUCAUCAUCGAGGGAACCGCCACUUUUGGAGUCGCCGUUAUCGCCAUCUUCCUCCUUCCUGAUAACCCCGGUACGACGCACUGGAUGAGCGAUGCUGAAAACGCAUGUGCUGUCAUCCGACUGGAGGAAGACGGCAUCAAUGAGCUCCAGCACGAGACACCCUUGCAAGGAUUUAUGAGCGCAAUCAAGGACUACAAGGUGUGGAUGUUCAUGUUGAUGCAGAACAUGCAUUUCUCUGGCAUGUCCUUCAACCAGUUCUUCCCUACCCUUGUCAAGACACUGGGGUACGGCAAGAUCACCACUCUUCUCCUCACAGCACCCCCUUACGUCUUCUCUGCGCUGUUUUCACUGGCCUUUGCUCGCUCUUCAGGCUACUUCAACGAGCGAACCUGGCAUAUCGCAAGCGGAAACGCCCUGGGAAUCGUUGGCUUUGUGCUUGCCUGUGCGACAACAGGACUUGCCCCUCGAUACGCCGCCUGCUUCCUAUUUGCUGCCGGUUCGUAUUGCACGGGAAGCAUCAUCCUCGGCUGGGCUGCAACCAAUACUGCCGACUCGCACGAGAAGAAGGCUGUCACAAUGGCCAUGGUCAACUUCUCGGCCGUCCUCGCCAACGUCUACACGGCGUACCUUUGGCCUACGUCAGAUGGCCCUCGAUACCUGAUGGGACUUGGAUCAAGUGCUGGAUUCUGCGCACUGUGCAUUGCUGCUGCAAUGGCUGGUAGAAUUGUAUUCCAGCGGGAGAACGCGAAGCGUCUCCGUGGUGCCAGUGGUGGCGAGGUCAGGUUGUCGGAACGAGGGCCUGAUGUGGCCAGCUGGAAGGUCGUCAAGGGGUUCUGA